CAAACAUCAUUUUUUUCAUCUCUAGCGAAAACUAUUUUAAAACAUCUGGAAUUAUCGUUUCAAGCUUCAACAGCAAUGGGCAAUGAAGGCAGCAAACUAAAAGGGUUAAUUAUUGAAAAAAAUGCAGUGGAGGUUAAUGAUUUUUGGACGCUCUAUAACGCACAGUUACCGACGACAUCCAAUGAUGAAGGUUGCUGCCAAAGGCUGUCGGUAUUUCAGGGCGAAAUCUUCGUCAAGGGACUGCUGUGGUCCAAUGGAAUGACCCCAAUAGAAAGGGCAAUAAAAAAUCUAAUGGUCUACCGUCACCCAUACAUAUUAAAAUAUGUAGCUACUUGGGACCAGUCAGGACAGAAGCAUCUUGCAACGGAGAGGGUCAGACCUUUAAACGAGGUAUUGGCACAGCAGACCAACAUUGAAAUCUGUCUCGGCCUGCGGACGAUAUUAUGCAGCUUAAUAUUUUUAAUUGAGACGGCCCUGGCUAGACACUUAAACAUUAAUACGCAUUCCAUUUACGUGACGGACAGUGGCAGCUGGAGACUGGCUGGCUUCGAAUACGUUUGGAGAGCGAUAGAAGUCGACAAACAGCUGCUUGACGUGGCACGUUCCUUUAUUAAUCCCAACAUUCCCGGAGAGAACUGCGAGCAGUUUUCCUUUGCCUUUCUCUGUGAGCAGGUGCUGGAUAGAAGUAAAAGUGAGAGAGGUGAUGGGGAUGACACUCCGCAUGCCAAGGAGUUCCGUGAGUACUGCAGCACUCACUUAAAGCACCAAAAUACAAACCUAAGACCCAGACUUUCGGCCAUCCUGCUACAUCCUUAUUUCAACCACGAAUUCGUGCUUAUACAUUCCUUUCUGUUCGAAUUGCCGUUGAAGUCCGUGCAAGAACGUCAGCAGUUCUUCGGAAGUUUGAUUGAACGCCUACGAUGCUUCGACGAGGAAGUUGUUGCCUCGCAGCUGGCGUGUGAUCUGCUCUCUAGAAUGGUUCUGCUGGAUCCUGCCGCACAGAAAUUCGUGACUCCCCAUGUACUCCGUACGAAAGUAACAGAUAAAGCGACGGCGUCGUUGUUUUCUCCGCAGACCUACGUUCAAUAUUUAAUGCCACACAUACUCAAGAUGUUUCGUCUGCGUGACGCCCAGAUCCGUUUGAUACUCCUGGACUAUUUUAUUGACUAUAUUCAUCUUUUAAGUGACGAACAACUACAAAGUGAGAUUCUCCCGCAUUUGCAACUUGGUAUGAGCGACACCAACGACGUUUUAGUGGCUCAAACGCUUAGGUGCAUGGCGGAUUUGGUUCCCAUACUGGGAGCCAAUAAAGCUUUGGGCGGGGAUGAUCGGCGACGAUGGUUUUCUGAUGGUCGCCCGCAUGCUGCUGUCUCCGCCGUUAGCUCGAAUUUCAUCCCAGAGCCACGAUCCAUUACUCCCCUAAUAAACACAAGAUCCUUCGAAGUAGAAGACGACUUUAUGGUCUCUGGAAGUCCCUUGCCCGCCGAAAGCAUAGAGCCUCCCUUAUCCAUCCGCCUUAGUCCAGACGGUGGGGAAGACGAGAAGGGAGGUUUAAAUUUAAAUGAAAAGUUGCGGGGUGUCAGUCACAAUAGUGACCCCGAGACUAACUCAAACGGCUCUCCCACAGGCCUUAAAAAAACCUUAGACAUCCUGGAUGAAGAGGCAGUUUGGUCUGAUUGGGAUACUACAGACGAGCUUCAUCGCUUACACAUUAAUGGAACAGAACUAGACGAUCAGGUCGAGCACGAUUUGGAAUCCAAUGACAGUGCACCAGGUGGAGCUAAUCUAACUUCAUUAUCUGACUCUUUUAACACAGACAACUUAAACCUAUCCCUCGAAGUAAAAAAACCACUGUCGAAAACGGAUCAUAAGUUUAUCGAUGAUCUUAGCGCGCUGGAUAUACAAGUGCAAUCGGUGUCCAAAAGCUCAGAGUUAAGUGAGUUUGACUUCUUUAAAGACAUGCAACCAGUUAUUGAAGCGAAGACUAGUAGAAGUGAGGACGCGGAGCUGAUCAACAGCCGUUUCGCUGCUGCUGCACUCACCGCCCACAGCAAUGUUUUGGAUGCUGCAGCGGAUCAGGGUUGGGGCCACGAAGAGCAAGAUGAAGACGACAUUGUCUGGGGCACGAAAGCAUAAUUAAGGUUUUAGGACGGAAUCAUACAAACAGUAUGAUAAUCCUGAUUAUGCUGUAAAGACUUUAAUUUAACUGUAAACUAUUCAAUAAAGUGCUAUAAUUAUUGUAAAGUACA